AUGGCGACACUUAACCAAAUCAACAUCCUCAAACUGUCAGAUUUGCCUAAGAGAGCUGUCCUCAAUCAAGAUGCUGAUGAAAACGGAUGUGUUUUCCUGCCGUGGAAUCUCUCUGAAGAUGGAAAGUCUUAUCUCCCACCAUCAGCUAUUGUUGCCCUGGCUCUGAACGAAGUUGGACGUGCACUUUGGAUGGGCACAUUCACCUCUAUCCCCGCCUCCGUGCUGUUCAUGCCGCUCUGCAUCCAUGAAGUCUUCUUUACCAGCCGUAAGUGGAUGGAGCAAGACAAACGAAACUGGGAUGACGCAUCCCACCCGCAAAAACUACAGCUGGUCUCCGAAGUUAGGAGCCAGGAACUCGCUAUUCCGAUCCGUAUUUUAGUCUAUGGCUACUCACAAGAGAGAGCUCGCCUCUCUGGGGCUAUCAUGACAUAUGAUCGCCGCCCGUUUGUGGGUUGGUAUCGCGAAUACGCGUCUCGUCGCAACGGCGACAAGGGCCACGUCUCCAUCGAUCUUCUACAACGUGAAGCUUGGUUUAAUUUCAUGCACUGUGAGGACAAUUUUGCACUUGUGCAACGUCUGCUUCAGAUGUGGAACGAACCGGUUUACUACGGCGUCCAAGUUAUCGGAUACGUCCUGAAAAAGCUCGACGAUUUGAAAAAGCGUCAUAAGGAUGCUGAAUCCAAAACCUCGUUUCUAGCGCGCAAGGGUGGAGCUGAGAUACCUAAGCUCAAAACCGCUGGCCUUGAUCUGCGCUCUCUAGUGAGAUUUGCCCUCGAAGAAUGUGAUGCUGGGUACCAUGAAGAAUAG